AUGAUGCCCAUGAUCAAGCCAUCCAUCAAACCCUACGCCUCAAGCUUCCCCUACGCCUCAGGCAUGUUUGUCUCUUCGAGCUCCGCGGCUCCGAGCUACAGUCCCAGCUACGGCUACGCCUAUGACAACGAGUACGCCGGUGCUCCGACUCCCUCUGCCAAUAACUACUACAUGGCAAGCACUACGCCAACCCACCGCCCAGGCCAUGAUCUUCACCUGCACCAGGCUCCUCCCCACGCUGCUAAUCCCAGACCAGCUGGCCACGGAUCCGCCGUUGCUCCGGAUGGACAUAUCGGUGUUCCUGCCGGUGGUAUGGGCGUUCCUCCUUCCGCUCAAGCUCCAGAGCCAUUGAAUGCAGGCCGCUCGGAGUCGGAGUCAGAGUCAGAGGAGCAGUCGGAGGAGAUGUCUAACCCUAAUGCUGGCGACCAGAGUGAUAUCGCUCCAACUGCCCCUCUGGCUCCGGGUACCAAUGUUGCUCCCGUUCAGGUACAUGAUACGUUUGGCGCUGAUAAGGGCAACUCUUUCUGUCUUGGUCAAUGCUUUGCUUCGGCUGAGGAGGCGCAGUGUGGUCCGCCUUAUGGCUCCCCCGUUCUCCAGUCUGAGGGGUGCUAUACUUGCUGCUUUUCACCCAAUGACGACUUUUAA